AACUCCUUGGGAGACAUUUUUUGUAGUGGAAGAGCACAGGGGAUAGAAAGCCAUGGGUUAGGCAAUUUUUACAAAUUUUUUAGAGCGAAUUGUGGGUCUUUCUUAAGGAAUAUAAAAUCUACAAGUUUUGGGUCAUUGUGAGUAAUCUGAGGUCGAGGAGAGCAGCAAACUCAAGAGGUAGAGAGAACUCAAGAAACAGGUGUUCAGAAUUUUGAUUACGAAGGAAACGAAGUUGCAGAGUGGAAGAUAGUAAUGACUCCACAUUUUUCUGAAUGUAUGUUGUUAAACAUUUAUCGUUGGUGGCUUUUUCGUUUAUCGUCUGAUGUUGGGAGAACGAUCAACAGAUUUAUCAUCUUUAGAACUUGCUGGGUGACAUUUUUUCUACUACGAAGAGGUGCUGUAGACAUUUUUGUGGAGUUGAUGGGCAAAGCAACAUGGAUUAAACAUGACAGCUCAAAAAUUGAAGAGUCUCUGAGGAAUCUCAAAGUCCAGUGGAACAAUACCAUUGCCACUCUCAUCCAGGAUAUCGAAUCAAAGAUAGCAGGGCCAUUUAUAACGAAUAAACAGGACAUAUCAAAAAUGCAAGAUUCCCUCAAUAAUGUCAAAGUUCAGUUGGAAAAUGCCCAUACCAUUUUCAUCAAGGAUAUCGAAACGAAAAAGGCAGAGGCAUCUGCAAUCACCAAAUCUACUAAUGCAGAACUCACAGCCGCUUUCGCAGAAGCUUGGAAUCGGGGAAAUAUAUGUACAUGCACCCAACCAUUAAACUUGGCAAUUGACACCGACCUGAAGGAAUGUAAUGCGAAGAUAGAUGCGUGCACCAACAAGUAUAUGCCCAAUUUUGUUGAAAUGAAAAGCAAGAUCGACAAAAUCAUAAAGGAAGGGGAGGAGCUUCGAAGGCAACUUGAAGAUAUUUCGCAAAGAUAUAACAAGGACUUUUUUAACACGUUUGUAUGGAUGAAAUCCACUCCAGGGAAGGUUUCCUGGGCUGAGUGGCAAGCGCGUGCAAGGGCCGAGAGCAAACCUAAGGGCGAAACAUUCGCAUCAGCCCGGAACAAUAUUUCGCAAUGUGUCAGUCCAUUGUUAGUUGAAUUGAUGGUAAAAGUGAAAACUGCCACCCACGUUGCGAGCCAGUGCAUUCUGACCCUAUAAAUUUAUCAUCACUUUAGUUGCAGUGAAUAUUAUACUUUGUUCCAACCAACCAUUUGUUUAAAGCAAGUCUUCAAUUUUAUUUAUAACUCUGUUCCCCUGCUCGUCCCCCUCUGAUUCUUGAUUUUUUAUUAAAUUUUUUUGGGAAAUUCGUCACUAAUCAACGACCCAAUGAAAUUCGUAGUAAAAUUAGAAAAUCAAAAAAGCGGAAGAUUAAGCUUCCGGGCGGAAGUAAGAACGGGUCAAGUUGCAUAUUCUAGUUUUAUUUAUUUAUUCUAUGUCGACUUGACUCAAAAAUGUGAAUUUGAAAGCAGAAUUAGGUAGAUUCAACAUCUAAUUUGCGAAGUUGAACUUUUUUUUUUCAAUAUUUUUUGUGUUUGUGAACUCUGUGAGUAGAUAAAUCUCAUUUGCAGCACUUCGUGCAGUAAACGUCGAAUUACACACACUGAUGCAUCCACAAUAAACGCUUUAACUCUA